AUGGCGACUACCGUGGAUGCAUCAGUGAAGAGGAGGAGUCUGCCACCUCUUCGUGCCAGCGAUGGAGAUUUGUCUGCAAGUCGAGCUCAGCGACCAAAGAAGAAAAAGAAAAAAACAGUUGAAGAUGUUAGCGAUUCACAACAUUCGGCAUCCAGCAAGCCACUGCCGUCCAACUCGGAAAACAAAGUGGAAUCUCCUGCGAUGGGAAGCAGAGAGAAUCUCGUCCAGAAUGGUACGAGUCCCGUCAAAAGACCGAAACGAAAGAAGAAAAUUACGCAUGGCUACGACUUUGAGAGCGGCGCUGAUGAUGCAGUAGAUGGGAAUAUGUCGGCCAGUACACCAGCCAUCAAUCACCUUAAGAUGUCUCCCGGCUCAUCAAGGAGGAAAAAAGAAAACAGACAGUCUCGACUCCCACGUUCCGUCAGUGAUGAGGUGCUGAGAGAUAAUGGGACAUCAGCAUCCGCAAUGAAGAAGAAGAUACGACGACCUCAAUCCAAACACUAUGCAGAUGACAGUGCUGAUGAUGAGGAUGAUGGAGGUACAUCUAAAUCCCACGGUAGACCUCCUCCUCCAAAUAAAGCUAAGAAAAAGAGAAAGGCGCGACCUCCCACCUCAGUAGAUGAAAACUACCAUGCGGAUGGUGAAGCCAUGUCAUUGGACUUUAUGAUAGCUGCUGAAGAUGUUGUUGCUGCAGAUAAACAAACAACAGAGGAUCAACAACAACAACCUUCCCACACCACCAUCCUACCGAGCCAACCCGUAUCUCGCCUCUUCAUGCAGAGAAAAAGUGGCUUUAAGAGUGAAGAUAGGGGGAGACUAGCAAGGCAGAGAGAGAGGGAUCUAAACAAUCAACAGGUCCAGAUUGAAACACAGACUACAACUACACAGGUUGCUCUGGCAACCCAUCGAGCAUCGUUGACCUUUGCCCUCUUCUGCCACGGUCUCCUCGCCGGCUUUGCUGUAUGGCAGUGUGUCAUGGUGUACAUGCUGCAGAGACAGGUUCCAUCGUCUUCUAAAUCGGGCAAGAUACAAUUCUUGGAGCAUUACAGUCGCGUCGCCCAGCCAGCGUCAGCUGCAUACUACUUUCUUUUGACUGUAUCGACGGUGUCUGUAUUCGAUAGGUUUGACAUUGGUCGUCCGGACAAACAGUUUUUUCGUGGACUUAUAACAUUUCAAUCUGGUGCAAUUUCCAUUUUAAUUUACUUAAUUUCACUCAUCUUAUCAGUAAGCAUAGCGGCCAUUGAUGACAGAAUAAGUCUAUUCUUUAAGACAACUCCACCAUACUGUGGUGUUGUUUGUCCAGACAGUGGAUCUUUAUGGGACAGUGAGGAGGCCACGACACAACUCAAUAUCUGGAUGAUAGUCAACUUAAUCCGUGCCAUAGCCGCUUGUUUAGGAUGGUUUGUUGUCUCGCUCACACCAACUACAGACUACACCUCAGACCAUCUUCAUGAUGCAGAGGAGCCUCUUUGGGAUGAAACAAUAGACAUAGAGCUCAACAACAUUCACAGUGCUUGAUGGAUGGACCACACCCACCAUUCACAGUGCUUGAUGGACAGACCACACCCAUCAUUCACAGUGCUUGAUGGACAGACCACACCCACUCCUCACAGUGCUUGAUGGACGGACCACACCCACCAUUCACAGUGCUUGAAGGAUGGACCACAUCCAUCAUUCACAGUGCUUGAUGGAUGGACCACAUCCAUCAUUCACAGUGCUUGAUGGACAGACCACACCCACUCCUCACAGUGCUUGAUGGACGGACCACACCCACCAUUCACAGUGCUUGAAGGAUGGACCACAUCCAUCAUUCACAGUGCUUGAUGGACAGACCACACCCAUCAUUCACAGUGCUUGAUGGACAGACCACACCCACUCCUCACAGUGCUUGAUGGACGGACCACACCCACCAUUCACAGUGCUUGAAGGAUGGACCACACCCACCAUUCACAGUGCUUGAUGGACAGACCACAUCCAUCAUUCACAGUGCUUGAUGGACAGACCACACCCAUCAUUCACAGUGCUUGAUGGACAGACCACACCCACUCCUCACAGUGCUUGAUGGACGGACCACACCCACCAUUCACAGUGCUUGAAGGAUGGACCACACCCACCAUUCACAGUGCUUGAAGGAUGGACCACACCCACCAUUCACAGUGCUUGAAGGACGGACCACAUCCAUCAUUCACAGUGCUUGAUGGACAGACCACACCCACUCCUCACAGUGCUUGAUGGACGGACCACACCCACCAUUCACAGUGCUUGAAGGAUGGACCACACCCACCAUUCACAGUGCUUGAAGGAUGGACCACACCCACCAUUCACAGUGCUUGAAGGAUGGACCACACCCAUCAUUCACAGUGCUUGAAGGAUGGACCACACCCACCAUUCACAGUGCUUGAAGGACGGACCACAUCCAUCAUUCACAGUGAUUGAAGGAUGGACUACACCCACCAUUCACAGUGCUUGAUGGACGGACCACACCCACCAUUCACAGUGCUUGAAGGACGGACCACAUCCAUCAUUCACAGUGCUUGAUGGAUGGACCACAUCCAUCAUUCACAGUGCUUGAUGGACAGACCACACCCACAAUUCACAGUGCUUGAUGGACAGACCACACCGACCAUUCACAGUGCUUGAUGGACAGACCACACCCACCAUUCACAGUGCUUGAAGGAUGGACCACACCCACAAUUCACAGUGCUUGAUGGACAGACCACGCCCAUAAUCCAUAUAUGCAUUAGUCAAGAGCUCAACAACAAUCACAGUGCCUGAUGAUCCGACCACACCCAUAAUAUGUAUUUAUUAGUCAUCAUUCAGCUCAGCAACAUUCACAGGUAUUGAAUUCACACCCAUCAAUGCAACUUCAUUAGUCAAGAGCUCAACAACAUUUACAGUAAUUGAUUGACAGACUACACCCAUCAAUGCUUAUUCAUCAGUCAAGGGCUCCACAUCAUCCACUCUGAUUGGUUGACAGACGGCACCCAUUAGUGCAUAGAGCUCAACAACAACCACUGGGCAUGAAGGACAGACCACACCUACCAUGCAUAUUCAUCAGUCAGGGGCUCCACCCAUCCACUUAAGUUAAUGGACAGACAAUUCAUAAUCAUUAGUCUAGACCAUAAUAAGCAUCCACUGCAACGAUGGAAAGACCAGUCCCACAAUGCUGCAUAUUUAUCAGCCAGGGGCUCCAUGUCACACUCUAAUUGAUGUACAGACCACGCCCACAAAGUAUUUUCAUUAGUAUAGAGCUCAACAAAAACUACUGGGAGUGAUGGACAGACCACACCCCUCAUGCAUAUUCAUUCAAAUUAUGGUAUCUUCAUUGCAAGAUAAAGGUGUCAAGGCACCGACUGUAAAGAAAAGUGCCAUCUAGUGAAAUAGUUUUAGCAAAACAGUUAAUUCCCACCUUGGUAACUGAGUUUUCAGUUAUAUAUAAACUCAAGUAAUUCUAAACAAAUUUACGGUAAUGUCAUAUUAUCGUUUGUUACAAUUUGUUCCUUGAUAUGACACCCAAGUGAAUUUUUAUGUGUAAAUAUUUGUAAGUAGUUUUCAUAUAAGGAUUGUAAUGUUAACUUAUUUGUACUAAAUCUGUUUGUUUUUCUAUAUAUGCAAGAAUACAUGAGUUUUUGUUGUUAACAAUGUAGUCUAACAGUACUGUUGGUUUUGCAACAAUAAAAAAGUAUUUAGAAUGAA